UCUGUAUAAAACCAGAGUAUAAAAACGAGUGCCAAAGAAUCGUUGCUCUCUUUGUAUUCAGCACAGCAAUACGACUACAUUGGGAGAUGGCCACUGCAGGGAAGGUGAUUAAAUGUCGGGCUGCUGUUGCCUGGGAGCCCAAUGCUCCCCUGGUGAUAGAGGAAAUAGAGGUGGCGCCACCGCAGGAAGGAGAAAUACGAAUUAAGGUUAUAGCUACAGGUGUGUGUCACACUGAUCUUUAUCACCUGUUUGAGAGCCAGCAGAAGCAGGGCUUCCCCACUGUGCUGGGUCACGAAGGGGCCGGUGUGGUGGAGAGUGUGGGAUCUGGAGUCACCGACUUCAAACCAGGUGAUAAAGUCAUUCCGCUCUUCAUCUCUCAGUGUGGAGAAUGCAGGUUCUGCAAGCAUCCAAAAACAAACCAGUGUGAUCGCAACUGGUCAAGCAAGCGCUAUGAUGUGAUGUCUGAUCCCACCACCCGGUUCACCUGCCGCGGUAAACCCAUCCUGCAGUUCAUGGGCACCAGCACCUUCUCUGAGUACACUGUCCUGAAUCAGAUCGCUGUGACAAAGAUCCGUGAUGAUGCCCCGCUCAACCGCGUGUGUCUGCUCGCCUGUGGCAUCUCUACUGGCUAUGGAGCUGCUGUCAACACAGCUGGAGUCACGCCAGGCUCAGUGUGUGCAGUAUUCGGGCUGGGUGCGGUAGGCCUCGCCGCCGUCAUGGGAUGUAAAAACGCAGGAGCCUCUCGGAUCUUUGCUGUGGAUAUCAACGAACAGAAGUUUGAGAAGGCAAAGGUCUUGGGUGCCACUGAUUGUGUGAAUCCGAAAGCGUACGAUAAACCAGUCAGCGUGGUGCUAGCAGAGAUGACCGAUGGAGGGGUGGACUUCUCUCUGGAGUGUGUGGGCAACACGGAAGUAAUGAGGAGUGCACUGGAGUCAUGUGUUAAAGGUUGGGGUGUGAGCGUUCUGGUCGGGUGGACUGAUAUGUCAGACUUUUCUGCACGACCAAUUCAGCUCAUAUCUGGGAAAACUUGGAAGGGUUCUCUGUUUGGAGGUUUUAAGAGCAAGGACGGUGUUCCAAAACUUGUUCACGACUACAUGUCUGGCAAAAUAAAGCUUGAUGAGUUUAUAACCCACAACAUGAGUCUGGAGCAGGUCAAUGAUGCCAUAAAACUUAUGAAGACUGGAGAAUGCAUUCGGACCAUCCUGAAUAUAUCCAAAUGAGAGGCGAUCUUUACUCGGCCAGUUUUUGAAGUUAAAGCAUUCAUGGCCUUGUCCCUGUUUACAAUGUGUAACAGCAAGGUUCAAAGAUCAAUUUUUUAUUGCAUUAUCUAGCCAACCGCUUUAUAUAGUAUGUUAAACUGCUUUGAAGAAAAAGAUACAUAUCAGCAAAUUGAAAAAACUAUAGUGCAUUAUAACCAAGCACAUUUUACAGUAUAUCCACUUACUAUACGCAGUUAUUAUUGCCAUAUAAAAAAAUUGAAAAAACAGCAAGAAAUCUUUUGCAAAUAAAAAAACUAGCUUCUAAAUCACUUGUGUUUUGGCAUAACAAUUUUAUGAUGUUGUCAAGCCAGUUUAUUUCCCUCCUGUGUGUCUGAUUCUUCAACAUGUGUCCUGCUUACAUAACCAUAAUGGGAAUGUUGGGACUCAGUCGACCCUGCUGCUCUAACUCAAAGCCUGUCAACAUGUCCAAACUGUCAUAAACACUAAAUAUUUUACAGCAUUUGGCAUUUAACAAGGUUUUAUUAUAUGUCUGUCUCUGCUUCUCCAUUCAGUCCUAAUUUGCUGAAAAUGUUUUAUCAAAAUUCUUCACUGUUAUUGCAUGUCUUUUGGCCACGGUCUUGCUUUUUUGUCACGAUUCAUAGAAAAACAAAUGGAAAAAGUAUGGUGGCAGGACUUACUGCAGACAGAAAUGUAUGAUAGAAAUGAAUAAAGCCUUACAUGCAGGUCACAACAGCAGCUAUCAAAAAGCCAUUCUUGCUUUAUCUGGCUUUUAAUGGCAUAGUUGCACAUCAACCAAUACAGGGGGGGCUACUGCAUCAUCCGAUACACGGUCACCUCUUUAGUCUUUACAUAAGGGAAAACUAAAAUGGAAAAGUGAAAAACAUGCAUCAACGGUUAAAAUACUGAUUGGUCAAUAGGUCUUUUAUUUACGAUGAAACAUACAGUAGCCUCGGCUGCUACACCCAACAAUUCUUCAUUGCGCAGCACUCUUUGCAACAUAAAGAAAACAUUGUGUUGUUUUUAUGGUCUAUCAGGGACUAUUUUGUGACAGCUUUUAGUGAUUUUACUUCGUGAAAAGUUGCAUUGUUACCUUUUUUAACUUUGUGUGGUAAUUAAACGUUUUACAAAAGUGAGAUAUACUUGAGGCAGCCGUAACUUAUAGCAUAGCCUCUCUCAGACCUUAUUGCUUAAAAUAUUGUUUAUCGUGUCCUUAAAACAAUAGAUACUCAAAGGAAACUAAUCCUGACUGAGGUUAUUAAAACUGUUACAUAAAAUGGUUUAAUCGUAUAUUUAGGUUCUGCAAUGUAAAAAUUAAAUGGCAUGUCAGCAGAACUCAGUGCUAAUUCAUCAACGAUAAUUCAAAGAUGAAUAACCCAAAAUUCUAUAACUUGCUUUCAUUUUUGACUUCACAGAUUCGUUUGAUGCGCACAUUAAUUGUAUUAAAUGCAUUUGGAUUAUUCUUUCAGCCACCAGUAAAUGCGCAGUUAAUAGCUCUGUUUAUUUUAUUUUAUCCAACUAUAUUAUAUUUUACUCCACAAAAUUUUAACACUUAGUUGAUCGCCAAAAAACUAGGCCUGGUUAUUUCCUUAUAAAGGUAUACUUAUCUUCUGAGAAAAAAAUCUUUCAAACCAUUCCUUUCAAUAAAUCACUACUUUUGAAGGACUCCUGACACUUUAUGACUGGAAUAUCUUGAAAUCGU